AUGAGACGGCUUACAAUUGGGUUUGUCCAUCCGAAUCUCGGCAUCGGCGGUGCCGAGCGCCUAGUCGUCGACGCCGCGCUCAGUCUGCAAAACCUCGGGCACAAGGUAAUAAUCCACACGCUCCACCACGACGUCUCCCACUGCUUCGCCGAAACCCGCGACGGCACACUCCAAGUGCACACCGGCGGUAAUCAAUGGUUUCUCCCGCGCAGCAUCUUUGGCCACAUGCACAUACUCUGCACAAUCCUGCGCUCGCUCGCGCUCGCUAAUCAAGUGGCAGGCGACAGAGAGCAGUAUGAUGUUCUGUUUGUCGAUCAGCUAUCUGCCCCGAUUCCGUUGCUGCGGUUUGCGCAGGCGCGGAUUUUCUUUUAUUGCCAUUUCCCAGACUAUCUCCAGGCGCCGCAUGUUGGGUUUUGGCGCAGGAUGUAUCGGCUGCCGUUUGAUCUUCUGGAGCAGUUUACGACGCGCGAAGCAGACGAGAUUGUGGUCAACAGCCGCUUCACACAGGAGGUGUUCCAGCGGGCAUUCCCGCACAUCACCCAGGCGCCGCGCGUGCUGCAGCCGGCGCUGAACCUCGCAGCAUACGACCAAGCGGCGGAUGCGCAGGAUGCAGGGCUGUGGGGGCUGCGCACGCAGAGGCCCUUGGUGGCGUCGAUCAACCGCUUUGAGCGCAAGAAAAACAUCGCCCUGGCCAUCGAUGCGCUCGCCCUGCUGCACGAGGGCCGCCACAAGGAUGCCUGCCUGGUGGUGGCCGGCGGCUGGGACGCCGACGUGGCCGAGAACGCCGAGCACCUGGUCGAGCUGGUCGCGCACGCGCACGCGAAGGGCCUGCGCACGCGCACGCUUGCUCCCCAGGGCAGCAGCGCGCGCGCGCGAGCACGGCUGCCGCCGGGCUCGGAGUCGGCGCCGCUGGUGCUUCCCGCCGCCGCCGGCGACGAGAUGUCCUCCGUGGACGUGGUCUUCCUGCCGUCGUUCUCGGCCAACCAGCGCGCACACCUCCUCGGGCUUGCCCGGUGCCUUCAACGAGCACCUGGGCAUCGUGCCCCUCGAGGCAUGUACAUGCGCGUGCCCGUUGUCGCCGCCAACUCGGGCGGCCCACGCGAAACCGUCGUGCAUGCGAAGACUGGGUUUCUGUGCGAGCCGACGCCCGACGCCUUUGCCGAGGCUGUGGCUGCGGUGCUGGGCAUGGACGGCGCGCGGAGGCGGGAGAUGGGCGAGGCGGGGCGCGCGCGCGUGGCCAAGACUUGCGCGCUUGAGGCGUUCGGCGAGCGGCUCGAGCGGCUCAUGUAUGCGAUGCUCGAGCGCGAGCCGCACGCGCCCGUGGUGCUGGGCGUGCUGAUGACGGCGUUCAUCGUGGGGACGGCGGCCGUCGUGCUUGUAGGGGCGGCGCUUCUCUAG